GCUGCGCCGCGCCGUGCUUUACCCCUAGUCCGAGUCGGGAUUUCGUCGGCGUGCGGCUGUAUAGUGGCAGUGUGUGCGAUCGCUGGGGAAAUCGGCGCGACCAUCGCAUCCCAUUGUUUAUAUACAUAAACCCCGAUUGAUUAUACAUAUAAUUGUGAAUUCGUUGUUUCGGAUGUGAGGGCUGGUCACCCUGGCUCUUCCAGUGCAAGCGGCGUGCCCUUCUUUCUCCGCGGGUCUGUUCCCCCAUCAGCAGGAGGCUAGCGACCUCCUGCCAGAGCUCAAUGGUGUUGACCUGGCCAUGUCCUUGAGCCCCAAGAGCCAGCCGCAUACGACCCCAUUCUCAGUGACGGAUAUCCUCAGCCCGAUGGAAGAAACCUACCGAAAGUUGGAACUCUACACUCCCUCGUCGCCGUACAGGAGUAGCACCGGCGGGAGCAGCGCCGGAGGAAGCAGCAGCGGCCCUCCCACGGCCAGCCCUAGUGCCAUGUCCAGCUCCUACGUCCAUGUCCACCAGUUCCCCCCGCAGUAUUGCAACGGGGCCGAUAUCUCCUACGGCAACUCCACCGCCAGCUGGUAUGGCGCCACCGCCAAUGACCCCAGAUUCGCAAUAUCCAGGCUAAUGGGGUCACCGGCAGCAGGUGGAAUGAAUAUGGGCAAUAUGUCUGCUCUCUCCUCCUGUUCUGAUACCAAACCUGUUCAGUUCCCUUUAGCUCAGCGUAGGAAAAGACGUGUUCUCUUUACUCAAGCUCAGGUUUACGAGCUGGAGCGAAGAUUCAAACAACAAAAGUACCUGUCUGCACCCGAAAGGGAGCACUUAGCGAGUCUCAUUCACCUGACACCCACUCAGGUGAAAAUUUGGUUCCAAAAUCAUAGAUACAAAUGUAAAAGACAACAGAAAGAAAAACUAAUGGCCGAACAAAAUGCUCAAAACCAAGCUCAAAGCUCUCCGCGGCGGGUGGCGGUGCCGGUGUUGGUCAAGGACGGGAAGCCCUGCUCGGGCCCCUCGGAGUCGGGCGGGGGCGGCGGCGGCGGGAUGGGCGGGCGGCAGGGGGGCCAGUCGGGGCACUGCAACCCCCUGCCGCACCCCCACUCGCCCGGGCCCGGACUCCACCAGUCGUCGUCGGCCUCGCAGCAUCAAGCGCAGCAGUCCUCGCUUCUCUCCAACAUGAGCUACCAGCGGCAGAACCUCCAGCACCACCAGCACCAGCAGGCCAACAUGUGUUCCUCCUACCUGCCGCUCCAGGCGCGCGCCUGGUAAAGUCUCCGCUCCCCCGCCGGGGCCCGAACCCCCCCCGCGGGGCCGCACCAGUUCCCACGGGUGAUAUAAACCUUUCAUUGUGAUAUUAUUUUUCAUUUGCAAUUCGCCUCGCCGCACGCAAUCGGAUUUCCAAACAGUCUCGUCCAUCUUAGAUUACCUCCAUAGCCCGUAUCAUGCCGCAAUCACACGCUGAAUUUAGCAGCUGAAUGUGGAAGUCAACAGUCAUCGCCCGACGGCUGAAAUUU